GUCCUUCGCACGGACAUCCUCGAGGACGCCGGGAAGAGCACGAGCCCCUUAGUCGACGUCGGCCAGGUGGAGGGAGCGUACAUCAUGGGCCAGGGGCUCUUCACCGUCGAGAAGCCCCUGUACGACCCAGGCACCGGCAGGAGGCUCACGGACGGCACCUGGUAUUACACCCCGCCCGCCGCCCUUGAUAUCCCGGUGGACUUCAGGGUCGCACUUCUCCACGACGCCCCUAACCCUGUGGGCGUGCAGUCGUCCAAGGUGACUGGAGAACCCCCCUUGUGCCUGGCCUUUACAGUGGUCAUGGCGCUGAGGCAGGCUGUAGCAAGCGCCAGAGGGGAUGCAGGAGUAACUGGCUGGUUCCAGAUGGACACACCCUUGACUGUUGACAAUUUGCAGCGACUUUGUCUUGUGGAUUCCAGUCGCCUUACUAUCAAAUGAAUUAAAAGAUUAAUUACAAAUGGAUUUUAAAAGAUGAUUGUUAGAAUUUACUGUGUUGAUUGUUGAUUUUAUCAUUUGCUGUUGGGAGAGGAAGGAAGAAAAAUUCCAGAUAGUCAUUCAAGGUUUAGAAAUAUAUAUUUGUCAUGAUUUUGAAUAAUUCGGGUGGGACGACCUAAAUAGAUUUCUUUUUUAUGAUACCUAUUCAUAAUCCAGGAGUUUGAUAGAGAUCCCCCCAAGCAUUGUGGUUAUUUUUCUGAAUCCAUACUUUUUUUCUACAAGAUUUUGCGUGGAACAGCAUAUAUUCCGUUUUCUUAUUGUUGGUGUAGAUUUUUGUUUAGUCUAUUAUAGUGUAUUUCAUUGGGAUACAUCUAACUGGCCCACAUGCAGGUAAAUGCAGAUUAAUAUUCUUAUCGAAAAAGCUCUACAAGAAAACUCUAGUGGUGAUUGUAGCAGAAAAUAUGAUAAUUUAAUCAUUCCUAUUUAUAUUAGCAAUUAGAUUAGUGAUAAUUAUAUACCAAUAAAGUUAUUUAUGCGACUCGA